UGUGUGCGCGCGCGCGCGCGCGUCGGUUGCGCCGAUGUUUCCUUGUCGGCCGUCGGUCCUCCCACUGUGCAGCAUGCAACCUUGCGCGUUGCGCGGCCCCCUUCUCCCGGAGACGUGCUCGAUUGGAUGAGGUUUGGAGUUUUGCCGCGCGCACGAGCGGCGAGAGGGGACCCCUCAGUCGGAUGUCUCUUUGAGAUGCAUGCAUCCGAUGCGUGUGGAUGGAGCCCCGCACCAGCGCGGUGUCGGACAGGGGGUCGGAGACGGCGUUCCCAGCAGAACUCCGCCAAGGCCCUCCGCUCUCUCGAUAAGGACCAGCUCCAGAAGGAGCUGGAGAUCGCCAAGAAGGAGCUCGCUCGCUUCCGCGUCUCCAAGGUCGCCGGUACCGGUACCCUCGGUGUCCACGACAUUCUCACUGCCCGCAAGAACAUUGCUCGCAUCAACACUGUCAUCACCCAGAACAUCCGCGCCUCCACCCGCAAGGCUUUCCUCGGCAAGCGCAUGCCCCACGAUCUCCGUGCCAAGAAGACCCGCGCCAUCCGCCGUGCUCUCCCCGCUCACCUUAAGGAGAAGAAGACCCUGCGCGCCCAGAAGAAGGCUGCCCACUUCGGCCAGCGCCUGUACGCCCUCAAGGCUUAAGUGCGCCUCCCCGUCCUUUUUCCUUUUCUCCUCGGAGGCCUAGUUUCGGCCGCGGACGAGAGCCACACGCGCGUGCGCGAGAGAGGUGUCUCGUGCGCGCCUGUGCAGGAUCUGGUUCCCGGUGUACGCAAUACAACAACAGCGACUACUUGGAGGAGAGAGUAUACCGGCCAGGCCGGGCCCCCGGGGGGGGGGAGGCGGGGGGGGCAUGUGUGUGGCGUGCGUCGCGUGGCAGUGUCUUGUGGCCCUGUUGCCGUCGUGCGUGCGCGCGCCUCCCUCCUCCCCCCUGCCGCGCCCUUCCGGGCUUCCCCCUUCUCUCUCUCUCUCGUACGUUUGCUGGCUGGCGUUCUCCUUCUCUCCAUGGCCGGCGGUGGCGCGUGCUCGCGCUCUCUCAUCUCGUGUCACGCGCGUGUGUCUCUCCCGUUCCAAAAUACAUCCUCCAUCUAUGCGAUAAACACAUAUA